AUGGCCUAUGCUGCCGCGAUGGGUCAACCUACAAUGUCUCCUCACAUGAUGGCACAGUAUCAGACAAACCCGGCUUCAGCAGCCGGUGCUGCUGGAUCCGUGCCUGCUGCUCAAGUGGGGUCGCUACCGGCUGGCGUAGUGGGAGCCGUUGGGGUCGGGCCUGGUGCAGCAGCCAGCGCUUUGGGCGCCGUCCCGCGCCCACCUGUAGGUAUGCCUGGCGCAGCAGAUCUACCGUUUGGUGGCAUGUAUUAUAUGCCACAGACUGCUGCACCAACCGCGGCCACCAUGCAGCAGCCUACUGCAGCCAUUAUGGCACAGCAUCAGAUGAUGGUCAACAGGCAUGCUAUGGGAAUGGAUCCUUCCCUGUACGGCCAGCAGCAGCAACAGCAGCAGCAGCAACAGCAGCAACAACAGCAGCAACAGCAACAGCAGCAGCAGCAGCAGCAGCAGCAACAACAGCAGGCUCAGGCUGCCCAUCAGCAGCAGCAGCAGCGGGCUGCAAAUGCCAUGGCAGGGAUGGGUUACAUGCAGCAAAUGCCUCAACAGAUGUGGCAGCAGCAAGGGAUGCCACCUCAGUGA